CGAGAACAAGUCACUGAGUUUUUUGACAUUUUUUUAAACCCGACUUUUCGAUAAAACAGAAUGGAAGCUUUUUUUUUUUUUACCUUUUGCUUUUAUAGAUCUAACCCAUAAAAUAUAAUUAAAAAAUGAAAUUGGACGCUAAAGCCCUCCGUUAUAUGAGCUCCGAAGACUUUCGAGUUUUGACAGCUGUCGAAAUGGGUUCCAAAAAUCACGAAGUUGUUCCUAGUUCACUUAUUGCCCAAAUUGCCCAAUUACGUGCUGGUGGUAGUCACAAGCUUGUGGGUGGUUUAGCAAAGAGAAAGUUGAUUGCCAGAGUUCAAAAUAUGAGUUACGAUGGUUACCGUUUAACCUACGGUGGAUACGAUUAUCUUGCUUUAAAGACAUUUGCCAAGAGAGGAACAGUCUACUCUGUUGGUAACCAAAUUGGUGUUGGUAAAGAGUCCGAUAUUUAUUUAGUUGCAGAUGAAGACGAUAAUCAACAUGUUUUAAAGCUUCAAAGAUUGGGUCGUAUGUCUUUCCGUACCAUCAAAUCCAAGCGUGAUUAUCUUCAAAAUCGUAAAUCUGCUUCUUGGAUGUAUAUGUCUCGAUUAGCUGCCAUGAAAGAAUUCGCCUUUAUGAAGGUCCUUUAUGAGAACGGUUUCCCCGUACCUGAACCUAUUGAUGCCAGUAGACAUUGUGUCGUCAUGGGCUUAAUUGAUGCUUUCCCUUUACGUCAAAUCGAAGAGGUCGGAAACCCCGGUAAACUUUACUCAGAAUUGAUGAGUAUGAUUGUUAAAUUGGCUCAAUAUGGUUUGAUUCAUGGUGAUUUUAACGAAUUCAAUAUCUUGAUCAAGAGUGAUGGUUCUCCUGUAUUAAUUGAUUUCCCUCAAAUGGUUUCCACUUCUCAUGUCAAUGCUGAAUUCUAUUUCAACCGUGAUGUCGAGUGUAUUCGUGUCUUUUUCCGUCGUAGAUUUGGCUAUGAAAGUGCAUUAUAUCCCAGAUUCACUAAGGAUGUCAACCGUGAGUUCUGUUUGGAUGUUCAAGUUGCUGCUAGUGGAUUCAGUAAGAAAAUGCAAAAGGAAUUAGAAGCAUACCAAGAGGAAAUCAAAGACAUGUCCGACGAGGAAGAAGAGGAGGACAGCGAUGAUGACGAUGACGACGAAGAGGAAGAAGAAGAGCAAGAUAUACCCUCAGAAAUGACUGAAGAAGAAAAGAUGGAGAUCAAAUUAAGAAAUAUGCGUCUUGGUAAUACAGAGGAAACUGAAUCUGAAGAGGAAGAGGAAGUGGUGGAAGAGGAAGAGGAGGAUGACAGCGCCGAAGAAGAAUUAUCUGAAGAGGCAGAGCUGGCCAGACGUGGUGAAAAGAUUGAACGUUUAAAUAACCGUGAUUUUAAAGCUCAUCGUGAUGUGAAACCCAAGAAAUCUACCAAGAAACUAUCAGUGACUGCAGCAGCGGCAGCUAAAGACGAAGAGCUCAAAAGCAAAGUUGCUCGUACUCUCAAGAGUCAAACCAACAAGCAAAAUGUUAGAAAUACUCGUGGUAACAACCUCAAGAACAAGGGAAAGAGAAGUGACAGAGCAGCUGUCAAGGGCGGCGACAUCUUUGAUUAAAAAUAAAAACGUCAAGACAUUAUAUAACACAUUGCUUUUCCCCUCCCAUUUGUCAUAUUACCUAAUAAAUAUCAUUUAAAUACAUCUGGAUUACUUACAA